CGCUAUUCCAAAUAAUUCUGUACAUUGGCUACUUGAGUAAUACCAAGCUGACAGAAAUAGUGAACCCAAUCAACUUGAUACAGUUCUUCAACAAUUAUUGUCACAAUGGAUCGUGGGACUAAACGUGCUAGAUAUAGUCCAGAAAAUGAGAAGAGUAGCGCUGUGUCGGAGAACCCUAAGAAAGAUGAUUCGUCAAAAAAUCCUGACAAAUUCGCUAACAUAUUUGGCAAAACUGGUGGUGCGUAUAUUCCCCCUGGUCGACUUCGCCAAAUGCAAGCCCAGAUAACUGACAAAUCAUCUGAGGCCUAUCAACGAAUUGCUUGGGAAGCACUGAAAAAAUCCAUCCAUGGUUUUAUUAAUAAAGUGAAUGUAUCUAACUUAUCUGAAGUUGUCAAACAACUACUUAUGGAAAAUAUUGUUAGAGGUAGAGGUUUAUUCGUUAGAUCCCUUUUAACCGCACAAUCGGCGUCACCAACUUUCACCCAUGUUUUUUCGGCCCUUGUUGCUGUUGUCAAUUCGAAAUUUCCCAAGGUCGGAGAACUGGUUCUUAAACGAUUAAUCAAUGAAUUCCGUAAAGCAUUUCGACGUAAUCAGAAAGAUCGAUGUUUGUCUACUGCACGAUUUCUAGCUCAUUUGGUCAACCAAAAAGUUGUUCAUGAAUUAAUAAUCCUGGAAUUAUUGACGCUACUACUGGAGCAAACAACCGAUGACAGUGUAGAAGUGGCAGUAUCUGUCCUUAAAGAAUGUGGUGCUAUGCUUUCACGUCUUGUACCGAAAGGUGUUCAUGGAAUUUUCGAACAUCUUCGACGUAUCCUAAAUGAAGGUCAAUGCGAUAAACGUAUUUCUUAUAUGUUAGAAGUUAUGUUUCAGAUUCGUCGUGAUGGAUGGAAAGAUCAUCCGAUUGUCUUGCCAGAACUUGAUUUAAUUCAAGAAAGUGAUCAAAUCACUCAUACAACUUCACUUCUUGAUCAAGUAGAUCCAGAGGAACAUUUGAAUGUGUUUAAAUUCGAUCCAGAAUUCUUGGCAAAUGAAGCAAAGUAUGCUGAAAUCAGAGCAGCAUUAUUUGAAUCGAAUGAAGAUUCAGAAGCUGAGUCAGAUGGUGAAAAUGAAGGUGAAGAUUCAGACGAAUCAGGUGAUGAAGAUGAUGACGGUGAUGAAGAGGAUGAAGAACAUAAACGUAGUGCCGCUGCAACUGCAGAGAAUCAACAAACAAUUAUUGAUCAAACAGAAACAAAUCUAGUCCACCUACGUCGUACCAUCUACUUGAUGCUGCAAAGUAGUUUAAGUGCAGAUGAAGCUGGACAUCGUCUUCUGCAGUUGAAAAUUAAACCUGGAGAAGAGUAUGAAGUAGCUUCUAUGGUUUUAGAUUGUUGUGCUCAAACACGUAGUUAUGAAAGUCGUUAUGGUCGAUUAGCUCAAAGGCUUUGCCGAGUUGUCUUUCCAUCUAGUACCCCAUCCAGCACGGGAUCUACUACUGUUUCUGUAAGCUCCGACUUAGGUCCCGGUAGCCGAUAUCGAAGUAAUAAAGAGGUCAGUAAGCCUACAGCGAAAGAAGAGACUCCUGCACCGGUUGUAGAAGAAUCAGGUCCACCCCGUAGUUAUGUUGCUCAGUUUGAAAAGAUUUUCUCUGAACAAUACUCAAUUAUUCAUAGAUUGGAAACUGCAAAAUUACGUAAUGUUGCUUUCUUGUUUGCCCAUCUUUUAUACUCUGAUUCUAUAUCAUGGGGUGUAUUUGAAUGUGUACGUUUGAAUGAACGUGAUACAACUUCUUCUGGACGCAUAUUUCUCAAGCACCUUUUUUUGGAACUUUGCUCAUUUAUGGGCUUGUCGAAGUUACAAGCAAGACUUCGUGAUGAGACACUUCAGCCAUUUUUUGCUGGUCUCCUACCACGUGAUAAUCCUAAAGAUACACGAUUUGCUAUUAAUUUUUUAACCACAAUUGGUUUAGGUGGUUUAACCUUAGACCUUCGUGAACAUUUACAGGCAUCACGUGAUUCAGCUCUGGCAAAAAAAGAAUCUGAAUCCAAGAAUAAACUAUCAUCAUCCGUCUUAGGUGAUAUAUCAAUUUCAUCUUCAUCGUCUUCUUCAAGUUCAUCUAGUGGUGAUAGUAGUAGUAGUGAAUCAGAGUCGAGUUGUUCAAAUGAUGAAAAGCAUCGUAAAAAGAGGAAACAUUCUAAAGACAAGCAUAAAUUACAAAAGAAAUCACAUAGCAAUCGUCAUCAUGACGAACAUCACCAGCAACAUAAAUCUUAUAAACAUACUUCAUCGAAACACUCUGAAAUGCCAUCGGAUAGAAUUUCCAAACAUUCUGAUUCAACACAUAAAAAUGAUAAAAGGUCUCGUUUAAAAACUCGUCCUGUAGACACUCCAUUUUUCAAUGAUACACCCAAUUCGCCUGCCCAUUCACGUCAAAUAAAAAUGAAAGUGAAAUAACUAUGCCUUUUAUUAAUGUUUUUACAGUUCCUACAUUUGUACAAAAAAAUUGUAUAAUUAUUUAUAAAGAUAUCUUUUUCAAUUGGUUCUAAUCAUUUUGUUGCAUCCAGCAAAAUCAAUCGUCACUUUUUUAAUAGAAUUUAUCUCCGAGAUAAUUUAAAAACUUGUUUCUUUCUAAAAAUACAAUUACGUCCUAAAUAUGCUUGACUACCGUCUAUUUGAAUUCGCACUAUUGUCUGAAAUACAAAUAGAUUGGUAAAAAAACCGGAGAUAUUAGUCCAUGAAAUUGUUGAGUAUUGAACUUAGCUGUGUUGGUAGGCAUGGAAUACACGUGGUUAGGGUCCGUGUUAUAAUCACUACCAGUGGCUAAGAACGUUGAGUAACUUGGCUCGGAUUUAGGGACAACGGUUCAGCCUUACUCACCUUUUAUCCUACUCUAGGUCUUUUCAUUCCUUUCCGAACCAUAUCCUCAGCUUCUAGUCUCACUAUUAUCAGGACUACUAUCGUUGUGACUCGUUUGGUAUUUAUCUCGUUAAUUUCUUUUUGCUACGCUAACGCAUAUUUCAGGCUCUAUACUAAUUUUGGCUAUCAAGUCAGCUACAACAUAGGACCAGGCUGACUUCAAAAACAUUUAGAAUGUUUCCCGUAAAAAGAAAGUCGAAAGAUAACACUCUUUUCGUAAGACCAUUGAAGGUUUGUAGAAGCCUAGGGAUUUCAAACAAGAAAAAAACAGCUAUCCAACCCAUCGUGGUUUUCAUCGGUUCUAAAAUAUUGAAAUUUAUUGAUUAGCUCUAAGAAAUCGUUCCUCUUAUUUCGUCAUUGUUAAUUGAGUUAAACUUAUUGUAUAUAUAGAAAACACGAAGUUCAACGAAUUUAUUAACAAGCUGUACAAUCAUGUAUGUGUAUGAAAUUUUUUUAAAGUACUAGUUCCAUGAGGACAUAUGAACAAGGAAUAAAUAUGAUAAUGUAGUCGUGCACAGACCAAAUUGCAACACUACGGAUCAUCGUCGAACAAUCAGUUGAGUGGAACUCAUCACUAUACAUAAACUUCAUUGAUUAUGAAAAGGCAUUCGACAGUGUAGAUAGGAGGACAUUAUGGAAACUUCUUCGACACUACGGAGUUCCUGAGAAGAUUGUCAAUAUUAUCCGGAACUCAUACGACGGACUACAGUGCAAAGUAGUGCAUGGAGAACAGCUGACAGAUGCAUUCCAAGUAAGGACCGGAGUCAGACAAGGCUGUUUACUCUCUCCCUUCCUCUUUCUUCUGGUGGUCGACUGGAUUAUGAAGACCUCGACAUCUGAAGGAAAACACGGAAUACAAUGGACAGCUCAGAACCAAUUAGACGAUUUGGACUUCGCAGAUGACCUAGCCCUCCUAUCACGUACACACGAACAGAUGCAGAUGAAGACAGCCAAUGUAGCAGCAGUCUCUGCAUCAGUAGGCCUCAGCAUACACAAGGGGAAAACCAAGGUCCUCAAAUUCAAAGCGAAAAACAGCAAUCCAAUCACUCUUGAUGGCGAAACUCUGGAAGAUGUAGAGUCCUUCACAUACCUGGGAAGCAUCAUCGAUGAACAAGGAGGAUCCGAUGCAGACGUAAAGGCGAGGAUCGGCAAAGCAAGGGCUGCAUUCCUACAAUUGAAGAACAUAUGGAACUCAAAACAACUUUCAACCAAUAUCAAAGUGAGAAUCUUCAAUACGAACGUCAAGAUGGUUCUACUGUAUGGAGCUGAAACUUGGAGAACUACAACAACCACAAUCAAGAAAGUACAAGUAUUUAUAAAUAGCUGUCUACGCAAGAUACUCAACAUCCAUUGGCCGGAUACCAUCAGCAAUAGCCUUCUGUGGGAGAGAACAAACCAACUUCCAGCUGAGGAAGAAAUUAGGAAAAGACGAUGGAAAUGGAUAGGACAUACAUUACGCAAAUCGUCAAACUGCAUCACGAGGCAAGCCCUAACGUGGAAUCCUGAAGGGAAGCGAAAAAGAGGAAGGCCAAAGAACGUAUUCCGUCGGAUAAUAGAAGCAGAUAUGAAAACGAUGAAUUACAACUGGACGGAGCUAGAAAGGAUUGCCCAGAACAGGGUUGGAUGGAGAAUGCUGGUGAGCGGCCUAUGCUCCUUCACGAGGAGUAACAGGCGUAAGUAAGUAAGCAAAAUUACAUUAUUAGAUUGCGUAAUAUGGAUUAUUACAAUAGAAGAUUGUGUGUGUACAAAUAGAAACUAAGAAGUUAACAACGGAUUAUAAUGUGAAUUAAGUAAGAUGAUUAAAAUGUUUUUGUUACAAUAACUAAAGGUAAUCAAGGCGCAAAGUUAAACGAAGUGAUAUCCGAAAGAAUUAUAAAUGAUAUCAUGAAGAUAUGAGACAUAAGUAAAUGGAAAGGAGGAUAUUUUCAACUUCGGAAUGAAAUAAUAGAUUAAGGCCAAGAUAACGAUACGACAUACUUCGUUUUUAUGCGCAGUUCUGGCUUGAGCUCAUGGAUGGUGAGAGCUUCUGCUGUUUUGAGGAGUUGGAUAAGAACAAAUCUAGGUAGAUUUAGAGGAAUUGUGUAAACAACCUUAAAAUCAACCUGUGGAUCAGUAGGACGAUUAAAUGUUCAAGAAUAUAACUUUUAAGUGCUUUCCUCUCAUCCUUGUAGAAUCUUAUUGGGACAUAUUUUCGUAUCCGAUUUGGAAGCAAGCACUGGCUACGGCCUAUAAUACGUUGUACCCAGAAAAGCACAAAUCUAAACACAUGAUUUAAAAGUAAUGUAUUCCAGUGACCAUUUUGUGGAAAACUUCCUUGAAUAGCUUCUCUUAGUGAAAUAUAUAAAGUCAAAUAAGGGAUUUUGUGGAUAUUAUAGUAAUUUAAUAGUUAAAUUCAUGAGUAAACUGAAGCUAGACCACCAUGGAAAACCUGGAAUCAUUGGACGGCCGUUUUGUCCCAGUAUGGGAAUCAGCAGUGCGCAUGCACGGUCCCGCCCUGCGAGGUUCGGACCCAGGACCUGGCGGUCUCGCACGCAAGUGCUUAACCACUGAGCCAGUAUCCAACGCUGUUAAUGUCUAACUUCAACUAAUCCACGAAAUUGAGCUACCGUUUACCAUUGUCUUCAAUGAGUUACUAUCUCACAACAGGCCUGGUUGAACUCCAUUGGUCACAGCUCAAUAGAACUCCAGGAAAUACCUCUUGGAGACCACCGGUUCAGUGGUCUAGUGGUUAGACACUCGCAAGACUGAUAGGUCGUUGGUUCGAGUCUCACGAGGCAGGGUCGUGGUUGCUCAGUGUCCCACACUAGAACAAGACGGUCAUCCAAUGCUCCCAGGUCUUCCAUGGUGGUUUAGCUUCAAUUGACUCAUAUAUUUAAAGCAUUAAGUUAUCCUUUGAAUAAUUUUUUUCUUUUUUCAACCAUAUUUCUAGUUGAAAUUCCGUCCGAAGUUUGAUGAAUCCGUUGUAUUGUGAUAAAAGCUAGUUAAAUGCAAAGUUAGUAGACGGGUUCUGUGGUGUUUGUAUGAACUAAUAAUUCCUUUGUACUUGAUGACUGUCUUAUUUCGAAUCCCAAAUACAAUACGUUCUUUCGUG